AUGAAAAUGCAAGAAUUAAAAAUGCCACUUAUUAAAGCUCUAGAAAAUAUAGAGAGAAUAAAUCAAGUGGAUUUGAUUAAUAAGAUUUACUCCAUCAAAAAAAUAUCAAAAGUAAAUCCAUAUCCGUUUGAAAUGCUAUUAAGCUUAGAUCCAGAGAGUGCCCGAAAAAAGUUGAAUGAGUUUUGGUGCAGUUUUAAUUAUUGGGAUUUUGAAUUUAACAAAAAUGAUAGAAUCGAUACUGUUGAAAACAAUGAAAUUGUAUACUUCUUUAAAUAUUGUUUUAUUUUUAUUAGUGAGACAUAUUUUUAG